UGCAGCAUUGGGAGCACAGCAAAGCAAAAACAUUAACUGUAAAGUGAAACGUGUUCAUUCACUUAUAGAAACAGAUAUGAGCUGUGGGCCAUCUAAUUUUACAGGGAAAUUUGUAAUCGGCAGCAAACUAUUCAGAAACAAGUAAUUGAAACAAAAAGGUCAACAAAGGACGAGUUCUACAAGCAGAAGUACUUAAUGAAAUUGGUCACCAUCUAACUGCUGACUUACCUUCUCGGGACUCCAUAUAAAUUUAUGAAACAUGAAAAAAAUCUUCUUUUUCUUUGUUCUACAGGUUAUAAUUUCAUACACAUUAUUUACAUUAACUACAAAAAAGAAGCUUAGUGACUUAGAAAAUGUUCCUUCCUUGUCAAAGGAAGUGACAAAUGGUCCAGACAAGCCUCUGCAUAUUAUACUGCUAUGGACAUGGCCAUUUCACUAUCAGUUCCAGCUCAACAAUUGUCCGCAAGCUUUCGAUGCACUUGAUUGUUUCUUUACAGUCAACCGUAGCUUUUAUUCAUCUGCAAAGGCUGUUGUUAUCCACCAUAGGAAUGUGUGUAAUUCUAAAGCUCAAUUACCUCAAAUCCCAAGACCUCCUAAUCAGUACUGGAUUUGGUUCAACACAGAGUCUCCAUCUCAUAGUCCAAAUCUAAACUUCAUGGACAAUCUUAUCAACCUUACUAUGUCUUACAGGGCAGACUCAGAUAUCUUCACACCUUAUGGAUGGCUGGAGAUGAAAAAUGAAUCUCAGAACUUUACCAUUCCUAAAAAGACCAAGCUUGUAGCCUGGGCAAUCACCAACUGGAAUGGAAAUUCCCGAAGAGUGCAGUAUUAUGCAGAACUAAAAAAAUACAUAAAUGUUGACAUAUUUGGUAGACAACGCAUGCCACUGUCAAAGAGUGGGCUAUUAGAUACCAUGUCCAAAUACAAAUUUUACCUUGCGUUUGAGAAUUCUAUCCAUCAAGAUUAUAUCACAGAGAAACUCUGGACAAAUUCAUUUCUUUCGGGGACAGUGCCGGUAGUAAUGGGUCCAACCCGAAAAAAUUAUGAACGAUUUAUACCUUCUGACUCAUUUAUUCAUGUAGAUGAUUUUCCUACUGCAAAAGAUUUGGCUUCUUAUCUACAUGAGCUAGACAAGGAUGAUCAAAGAUACCAGCAAUAUUUUAACUGGAGAUCUAUGUAUCAGCCAACAAAAAAACGUCGAUCUUGGGUAAUUGAAUACUGUAAGGUCUGCAAAGCAGUGAAAGAAGCCCCUGUCUAUAGGAUUAUUCCAAGUAUUGGUGAAUGGUUUAAGUGAUCAUGGUAUUAAUAUUUUAUGCAUGCAAUGAUUUAAAAAAGGCUUUGGGAACAACUUGUUU